AUGGAAUUUUUUGCUGAAGAUGGUGAUCUUGAUGAGUCCAUAGUUGAUACAAUCAAAUACCAUGAAUGGGAAACUUUUGUCCUUCCUCCUGGAGACUUUUGUUUGGAUCUUGUUCUAGAAUUCUAUAAGAAUCUAAAUGAAGAUUCCAAUGAAUCUAUGGUCAUGGGAAAGAAAAUUGACUUCUCACCCGAGAGCAUCAAUCGACAUUUUGGUUUAAAGCCAGUCAAUGAUGAUUUGACACGGAUUCAGUUAGCUGUUGCAUAUUGGGAGGACAUUGAAGGAAAAUUAUGUCCAUGUGAUGAAUCUGAAGGUCCAAAGAGAGAACCAGGGAAACGAGAAAAUCCAAGGCAAGGUUAUCCAAUUGCUCAACUGACCCUCAUGAGGCAAUUAUCGUAUCAGUUUAAUGGUAUAGCUCAACAAUUUGCUCAACUUGUCAUAAAAAAUGAUAAGGCGGAAGACAAUAUGGCUGAAAGGUUGGGCAGAAUCGAAGAGAAAAUGGACAGAGGAUUUCAUCGAAGUGAGCAUAUUUCGAUGCAAAAUGUGAUAUACAAUUCGAGCCUGAAUUGUGAUUUUUCUAAUACGAUGCGCAGUAUGGGUGAAUCUUGGGGGUUUCUGAAUUUGCCUCUUUUUCCAGUUGUGACAUGGGUUGAUCCUGCUACUACACCAAUUCCACAGUUCUUUCAUCAAAACAACUUGCAAAAUCAACUACUAUUAGUUGAUGAAAUAGGCAAGCCACUGAACCAAUUCUCUCAAGAAGAGGAGGUACUAGAAUCUAACUUGUUAGACUUCAUACCUGAGAGAAUAAAUGAAGAACAAAACCAUCUUCUAUGUGCAAUGCCUAUAAUUGAGGAAGUCAAAAAUGAUGUGUUUCAACUGUCAGGGGAUAGUGCUUGUGGCCCUGAUGGUUUUUCUAGUGUUUUCUAUAAAAAAUGUUGGAACAUAGUAGGAGCUGAUGUGUAUAAUGUGAUUAAAAGUUUUUACGAGGGUCAGACAUUGCCAAAAUCAGUGACUCAUACAAACCUGGUCCUCCUACCAAAGAAAGCUAUUAUCAACUCUUUCUCUGAUCUAAGACCAAUCAGUCUCAACAACUUUAUUAAUAAAGUUAUAUCUAGGUUGAUACAUGAUACGUUAGAAGUGAUUCUGCCUUCUUUAAUUUCCACAAACCAAUCUGGAUUUGUGCAGGGUAGAAAUAUCAUUGAAAAAGUUUUGCAAACUCAAGAAUUAGUUACUAAUAUAAGAAAGAGAGGGAAACCAGCUAAUGUGGUCAUCAAGCUGGACAUGGCAAAGGCAUAUGAUAGGGUGUCCUGGAGUUUUCUUAUGCAAGUGUUGAGAAAGAUGGGAUUUGCAGAAAUAGGGGUCAAACAGAGAGAUCCUCUUUCUCCUGCUCCUUUUAUUAUGGCUGCAGAAGUUCUAUCAAAGUCUCUUAAUUCUCUAUUUGAGCAUGAUAACUUCAUAGGAUAUGGGAUGCCAAAGUGGAGCACAAAUUUGAAUCAUCUUGCAUAUGCAGAUGAUACAAUUAUAUUUGCUUCAACCGAUAAAGUUUCUUUACAGAAGAUCAUAUUUAUUCUGCAUGAGUAUGAAAGAAUAUCUGGGCAGAAGAUUAAUGCUGACAAGAGCUGUUACUACAUGGAUAAGAAGGUGGCUGAUGGGUUGGUUCAGGAGGCUUGGAAAGGUAAAUUACUUUCCUUUGGUGGGAAGGCUGUGUUGAUUUCCAGUGUUUUACAAAGUAUACCAGUCUAUUUGUUGUCUGUUAUGGUACCACCAAAAUGUGUUUUCAAAGAGCGUCACAAGCUGUUCAAUAGAUUUUUCUGGCAAACAAAAGAUGAAGGUAGAAGUAAACACUAUCUGCAUGGGAAAAGUUAUGCUAUCCAAAGAAUGAGGGAGGGUUAG